GUCACACACAGAAGCAAAAUCGUUUAGCGAAGAUUUUUUUAUUUUAUUUUAUUUUGGUGGAGGCUGCUUCCUUCUCCUAAAAGAAGAAUAAUCUCUUACAAAUCCUUGAAGCGAAGAAACUUUGGUGUUAGGGUUUAUCUCUCUAUCUGUUGGCGAUGGCAAGUAGUUGAAUUCAAAUUAUUUGGUGGUAACUAGUAGUUUACAGCAAGUCAUAGGCGUUGGAAAUGAGUGGUUCUGGAAGGAAACAUGUUUCUAAAUGGGACUCUAAGGAAGACACACAUCAUCAUCAUCCUAGCGUAGAUGUAACAUCAGGUUCUCAUUACCGUGACAAGGAUCCACAGCCUGUCCUGUUCAACGCAGGCAGGAAUGCAAAUGCAAGUAGAAGGUCUUCGGAAGAUCAGCACUCCGGUCAAGCUAGGACUAGAAGCAGAGUUUCACAGAAUAACGAUAACAGUUAUUAUUCUGAACAAGAUGAGACUAGGCAGCAAUUUUCACAUAGGAGUGAUAGUAGAAGUUAUAGCAGAAGUAGAAGCCGUAGCAGAAGCCCUGUCUAUAGAUCAAGGCGAGAUCAUGCAGGAUCUUAUGAUAGACACAAGACCCGAACCCGAGAUGAAUUCAACAAGCCAGGCAGUGAUUAUGGUUGGGAAGAUAAAGCUGGUAGAGAGCCAAGGGAGACAAGAUAUCAUCACUCCAAUGAUUUCAGAGAAGAUGCGUCGUUGAUGAUGAUGAAAGGUGCAAGGUCUUCAGACUAUGAUGAUGAUACUGAGGAACGUUCUAGAAGGGAGCAUUUAAAGCAUGACGGCGUUUCAGAUCCGAGAUUGAAAAGACAGAGAAGCGAGCUGACAGGUGAGGGACGGUUCCGCAAGAGUUGUGACAUCCCCUGCAAGUUUUUCGCAGCAGGGAACUGUCGUAAUGGCCAUCAUUGCAGGUUCUCUCAUCAUGGUGGUGCUGAUAGAAAGCAGCCUCAAGACAACAAGAACAGCUUUUAUAGACAAGACAGCAACUAUCACAGUGGUCAUAAUAGAUGGAACGGUGAUGAAAGAUUGGAUAAUGGAAAGUUCAGUAAAGGGACUUGUGAAACUAAGGGUAGUGGCUGGAUUGGUGAUAUGGAGAUGUCUCCAGAUUGGAACUAUAGUGCUCAUAACUUGAAAAAACGUAUGAAAGAAGCGCCUGGUGUUGGGAGUAUUGGUCAGAGUUCAAAGUCUCGAGUUGAUGAUCAGAGGAGUAGUGGUAUGUAUUCAUAUGGUGACAACAAACCCAUGCUUGAGAAACCUAUAGUAGCUGAUUCUCAUCAGAACUACAACAAUGUGGUGAAUACUGCUCCUCCAGUUCAAGCUUAUAAUCAAAAUCAUCAUGAUGUAUUGCCGUACCAAAACUCGCCAACCCCUGGAGGAACUCAACACCAAGUGAUAGCUCCUGAGAGCGUCAAAGCGUAUCAAGAUAAUCAUCAUUCAGUUGUGGAGAAAGCUGUUCCGGUCCAGAGUGGUGUAACCAGGGAACAAAUAGAUCAGAUUAGCAACAUCUCAGCUACUAUAGCGCAGCUUCUUGCAAAUAGACGGCCCCUUCCACAGCUUACACAAGCAUUGCAGAUGCCAUCUUCCUUGGCUGUUCAACCAAAUCAUGCUACCCAGAGCAACAACCCACUUGGGAUGAGCGCUGACACUGACGAAGCCCCACUGGUUACUGCAUCACAAGUAAGCAAUGUCGAUGAGAUUCAGGUUCUACCGGUAAACACCAAGGCUUCUCAGACCGAUGCAGCUAGUAAAGAAGAAGAGUGCAAGAAAGCUGGAGAAGAUGUCAAAGAAGCUGAUAACAUUGUAGAUGAAGAUGAUGAUGAUGGGAGCGAAGAAGAAGAAGAAGAAGACAAGAAAGAGAUGAAAGACACGAAAGGAAUGAGGACGUUCAAGUUUGCGCUUGUUGAGAUUGUGAAGGAGCUUCUGAAACCAGCUUGGAAAGAAGGUAAGAUGAAGAAAGAUGGUUACAAGAACAUAGUGAAGAAAGUAGUUGAGAAAGUGACUGGCUCUAUGCAAAGUGGAAACGUUCCUCAAACACAGGAGAAGAUUGACCAUUAUCUAUCCGCUUCCAAACCGAAGCUUACAAAGCUCGUUCAGGCAUAUAUCAGUAAAGCCAAGAAGACGUAAAUUAAUUUCAUCUCUUGCCAAUCUUCAUUAACCUUAUGUGGAAUUGUAUUCUUAAAACCUGCUUAGUCUUUAAAGGAAGAUGAAGUGACGACCAUCUCUCAGUUCUGUAGAUAUACCAUUAGAGAUUUUUGUCCUGAAUGUUCCUUUUUUCUUUUUCCGAUACAUAGACCAAGAUUGUGUUCCGUCUUUUUAUAAAAACUUAGACCAGAUUUUCAGUGAUCCUCAUCUCUCUGUCUCAA